GAAACGGUGUUUGUCCACUAAUCCAUUACGUACUUUCAAACACAGCUGCAGCAGUAUGCUAGCAACCAAAAUAAUUACUGGGAGAAUUUUGUAAUCCUGUCGGAAAAUUGUUACUUGGGAUUUUUUCCCUAGCAACAGGUGAUUGCCACGGGGUCGCUGAACAGCCAGUGUGACUCCCACUGUAGCAGCCAUUUCCCCCGUUACUGCCAUCAACCUGCAGGAGCUCCUCACAACCUAUGGGGAUUUUUGCCUGAUGAUCCGUGGUUAGCUGGUCGUUAGUGGCCCACUGUGUAACUUGGGUCUUAGCGCUUGUACUGUUUAUUGGGUCGUACCUGAGUCAUGUGACUAAAAAUGACGUAAGUCACAUGACUUCAUCACCUGGAGAACCCACCUUUCCGUAUUAGCUUGGAAGCUAAAUACGGAAAUGGCUCCUCGAACAUUUGCUCCGCUUUGCUCCAUUUCACUGUUGGUCGGCGUCUUCGUGUUUGUCUCAGCAGACCAGAGAAUCAUCCCAGCUCAGUCUGGACAGAGGAACGUAACUCUGCCAUGUCGAGCUCCAGACAACAACGUUAUUAUUAUUGUGGAGUGGAGCAGAGCUGACCUGGGAGAGAAAUAUGUGCUUUUGUUUCGGGAUAAGAGGCUCAACCCAGAACAACAGCAUCCAUCUUUUAAGAACCGGGUGGAUCUGCAGGACAGACAGAUGAAGGAUGGAGACGUGUCUUUGAUUCUGAAGGAUGUGACGGUUAAUGACACUGGAACAUACGAGUGUCGUGUCGUCCAGAGAGGAGCAAAGCGCCGGAAGAGAGCAAUUUUAGAUGAUAAGCCCAUCAGCAUCAUCUACCUUCAUGUUGAUCCUCCAGGUCAGACAGGAGGAGACACAGAGGAUGGAUCUGUUGGACUGAUCGUUGGUCUGUCAGUUUCUGCUGUGCUUCUUGUUGCUGCUGUUGUUGGUUUCUUGAUCUACAGAAAACAUAAACAACCACAUAGUCGGGAUUCAUACCAGCCUCCUGCUGAACUUCAGCCUGUUUAAAAUGUCAGCUUAACUGUGAUUCCUGUCCUUUGUUUUCAGUCUUGUCACUGAAAAUAUAAAAAGACAGAAAUCAAUAACACUAAACAUCUACUAGGUACCUGUCAGACACGUCCAGAUUUUAUUUUGAAUUUACAUUUUACAUCUGAAGAAAGGAAAAAGGUCAUUGGAUUAUAGACAGUUAAUGUCUGUCUGAAAGUCAGAAUCCAUUGAUCACAUAUAACUUGUUUGCCUUCUUUUAAUUUUAACAUUUUUACAUUUAAAUGAAACCAAAACAUUUCGUUGUAGCUGCAAAGUUAGACAUUUCCUCCAUUUGACCUGGAAUGAUUGAGCUUUAUUGAACUUUACCUUCCAUGAAGGA